AUGGAAUUGAUACAGAUGCACGUGAUGAUCGUGAUGAAGCACCUUGCGUGGCUUGUUCCAACCGAAGAAACUUGUCGUGCCUUACCUAUAUCAGAACUAUAUUCAAUAGUCCUUGGUGAGUAUUCGAUCGACACUGAUCAACCACCGACUUAUCAGGAUCCUAGUGACAUGGGAUUCCUCUUUUCAAAGGACUCCCUAGAAAAUAAAGCAAAUACAAAUCAUCUGGUUGCCAUCCUCGAAAUAAUUUUGGCGAUACAUCUUCGCGAUAGAUUCCAUUACUCGUCAUUCAAGCAUCAAUCAUUGCAGUCAUUUAGGUGCGUAACAACUUCUGAAAAUUUUCAUUUUGUCCUACCCUCAUGGUAUUUGUACGAUUCGGUAUCAUCACGACCAAAAGAAUUCGGUUGUGAUGGUACCGAAUCGUAA